AUGAGGCUUGGUGGAGGAUCCAAAUCUAGAGCAAUUCACCGAGACUGGUUCUUAGCGCUUCACGGCGAAGUGGUAUCUCCUAAAAGUCAUCUAUUCGCUAUCAAAUUUCAUUGUAGUUGUAGCCUCGUUUUAGCCUUGCAAGGGGCAUGCAUUAUGAGAGAAAUCAUAUAUUAUGGACCAAGGUUAAUUAGGCAACUCAUCGAUAUUAGGGGUCCUAAUACCUCUUCCCCAAUCACCCAAACCAUCCAGAAUGUGCUUCGGAUGCGUCCCAGCCUAAUUGAACCUGACCUAUUAGUUGCUGAAGCUCAGAGUAGAAAACUCACCUUCCAAAUAUGUUUGAGGCGCCUAGGGGGCGGAGGAGUGAAUGGCUACCGAUAUAGGGCUGUUUGGAAGCUCUACUGUGAACUAGUAGUUAGUACCUCGCCACUGAUGGCUCCUUGUACACCCGUGCGCUAUUCAGGAGACUUUCUAUUGCUCGCCAGUCGGUUCAGUGGGGUCCCAAAGACCUCAUCCUCAUCCUCAGAGCUCGGCCCCAUGAGGGAAGUGAGGUGGCUAUUGCGUUUAUAUUCAGACCUAGCUAGAGCGGUGACGGCAUAG